AAACUCCUCCCGUUUGGACUAGUUAGUAAAGGUAUGGUAGAGUAUCUUAGUAGCCUACCAAAGAUCAUCACAUCACAUCUCUUCUUCUUCUUCUUCCCCUGUUCCCAUCUCAUCUCACUCCUCGCAUUUUCCUCCAUCGCGCUUCUGUUGGUGUCAAGAUCACAGAGAUCUUGUUUUCCUUUUUUCUCUCUUUGUUUCGCUUUUCCCUUUUGGCGCUUUUAUUCUUCUUUGUCCUUCGUCUCUUUCCCCUUCUCCCGACAAUCACUUGUGUUUGUCAAACCCGGAUCUUACACUUUUUUUCUACCACCACAUCUAAAAACUUGCUGGGGCUGAGUGCUGAAAGGAGCCGUGUUCGAGUCGUCCUGACUUAACGUAUUUUAAUUCAUCACAGAGUUCCUUUGUGAGCGAUUCUUUAUUUUGAAAGACUGCCGUCUCUUUCGAUCUUCCUGAUCUAGCGAAUCUUGCUUCUUUCGGUGCCUCGAUCCCCGCGUCG